GGCUGCCGCCUCCCGCACGCGCGUUUGCAGACUAGGCAAGCAGAGCCGCGCGCCCCCGGGCGCCCCUCGUCCAACACGCCACCAGAGUGUCCUCGCACCGUUUCCUUUCCCCGGGGCCGUGAGGACUCGGCUCCGCCCUGGCGCCGCCGCCGCUCCGGACUCCCGCCGCCCGGGCUGCCGCUGGUGCCCCACUCCCGGCGCUCCCGGCGCUCCCGUACGCGCGGGGCAGCCGGGGGCGUUGGCGGCUAGCAUAGGGCGGGGAGCGGCGCGGGGAGAGGAGCUAAGCAGCGCAGAGGGGAGCAGAGAGAAGGGGAGGGCAGAGGAGGAGAGAGCCUGGGAGCUGAGGAGCAGAGGCGGGCGCCGCACCGCCCUGCGCCCCGCACGCUCGCUGGCUCGGGAGACGCGCGGGCGGCCGCUUUGGGCGCACCAGCCGGGUCACCUUGUCCCGGAGAAGAAAUGGGUCCCAUGAAGCAAGUGUGACCUGUGAGUCCAACUCACCAGCCUAACACCCAGCUGGGGAGGAAGAGGACCAUGGAUGGCAUCAUCGAGCAGAAAAGCGUGCUGGUGCACAGUAAGAUCAGUGAUGCUGGUAAGAGGAACGGCUUGAUUAACACCAGAAACUUCAUGGCCGAGAGUAGAGAUGGCCUGGUGUCCGUUUAUCCAGCGCCCCAGUACCAGAGUCGCAGGAUGGUGGCCAGCACAGCACCAGCCAACCUGGACAGCAGCAGAAAUGAGCCUGUGCAGCAGCUGCUGGAUCCCAACACCCUGCAGCAAUCAGUGGAGUCCCAUUACCGUCCCAACAUCAUCCUCUACUCAGAGGGAGUGCUGCGCUCCUGGGGGGAUGGCGUGGCUGCCGACUGCUGUGAAACCACCUUCAUUGAGGACCGGUCACCCACCAAAGACAGCCUGGAGUACCCGGAUGGGAAGUUCAUUGACCUCUCAGCUGAUGACAUCAAAAUCCACACCUUGUCCUAUGAUGUGGAGGAAGAGGAAGAAUUACAAGAGCUGGAGAGUGACUACUCAAGUGACACAGAGAGUGAGGACAACUUUCUUAUGAUGCCCCCGCGGGACCAUCUGGGGCUCAGCGUCUUCUCUAUGCUCUGUUGCUUCUGGCCUUUGGGCAUCGCCGCCUUCUACUUGUCCCAUGAGGUACAUAGUAGGUGUUUGAGGAAGAGGACAGUCAACCAUUGUGAUGACCCAAGACUCUUUCUUUGUACUGAGAGGAGACCUCGUCAUGGAAAAACCAUACAGCCUUCCAGACACAGGGCCAUUUACACUGCUCCCCUCCCUUCUGGAAAACAUUUGUGAGAAGCCAAAACAGAACUUGGAAGAAACAUGGUAUUUUAUGAAGGCCCUGGAGGACAACGGCAUGGAUUAUGUGAAAUUCUCCCUUCUCUUUUUAGUUUGUAAAGUCACCCUCAACUUUCACAGUGCAGAAUAUCUUUCCCAUUGUUCCUCAUGAGUUUUAGUGUUCUGUUCUGGUCCUGAUCCCCCAGGAAAAUCAGAAAUGAUGAAUGGAUUAUGUAUAAUGUGAACAUUAUGUGGUUUGGUAGCCUGCAGCAAACUUAGUCCAUUAUAAAUAUUCAUAAAUAUUUGGUGAGGAGUUGUGCCUGGAAGCUGCCUCACUCUGGUCAAAGUUUGCAUCCAGACCUGGAAUGUCCUUGCCUAACCCAUUAGGGCAGAUGUUACAGUCCCAAGUGAAAACAUGAGCUUAUAGCUCUAUACUGCCUGCAGGUCUAUGGGUGACUGCCCAACCCCAUGCUCUGCCAUCUCAUUAGUGCCUGCCCUCUUAACAUUGCCCCAACCCUAAAGCCCAAGCUGCAGUAUCUGACAAUGUUGUGCCCACCACCUAUGUUCUAAAUGCCUGGUAGAUUCCCCAGCACUCAGCACAGGAGCAGGCUGAGAGGAAAGCUCAGAAAUAAAUAUCAAGUGAUCUUCACAGUUAAUGUUCACAGAGGUGGAUUUUCUACAUAUCUUUGUGAAACACCUUUCAGUUGGAACAUUUUUACUCAAGUUUAUCAUCCUAAAGGAGGUGACAAAAUUCGGUAAGAUGCCCUUCUUUUACUGUCUCCAAGGUGAUUUUUCCAGGGUGGUCUCUAGACCAGUAGAAUCAGAAUCACCUGAGAAGUUCUUAAGAUUGCAGUUUCCAGGGCACCACCCUUGCCUGCUGAAUCAAGACACUUAACCUGGGGCCCAGGAAUCUGUGUUAACCAACCCUUUCAAAUAUGGCUAGUGCAGCUUAUGUUUGAGACCAAUUGGACUGAUAGAUGCCAAAGUCUUUUCCUGAUCCAUCAAGGUCUGCAUAAUGAAACCUGGUGCCCAGAAGAGGAUAGGGUGAAGGUAUGUGGGGGCAGAGUGCACAAGAGUCCUGCUCCAGGGACCUCCUUUCUGUGUCUUGUUUAGUACUCUCAUAUCCACCGGGUACUUUUAAAACCUCUUUCUUCCAAUUCACCAGCAUCCCCCACACUCAGCCACAUAUUCCUUUACUUAUUUGCUUAUACAGGUAUACAUCUCAAUUUAUUAAUUCAUUGCCUUUUCAAAUUACAUAAGUAGUGCACUCCAAUAAUCAAUAGGAGGAGGAAAAUGAAAGGACUAAAGUGAACGUUGCUCUCCAUAUUCCUUCCUCAAAACCACCCCUCCCAAUUGACCACCUCUUUCCAAGCAUUUAUAAACC